CCAGUUUCAGCUUCUUCUCUACUGUUUAUAACAUACACGGAGAGCAUCAGAGAGAGAGAGAGAGAGAGAGAGCUGAGAAGCAAUUUGAGCUUCUUCUUUCCUAAUUCCUAUUGACUUGAAAAGAUUGUCUCUUUUUUCCCCUUCCACAGUUAAGUUAUUAUCAAGUUAAAAAAAUAAAAAUAAAUGGGGCGUCGGAAUCUAGGUUGUUCAAGAGCUUCAAGCUUAUUGUUAACAUUAUUAUUAUUCUUAUUAUUAUUAUUAUUAUUAAUGGCGAAAGCAGAGCAGCUUCUCAUUGACAACUCACCAUCACCAUCAUCAUCAUCGAGCGGAGAUGAUUCCGACGGCGGAUUUUCUUCUCUCGACGGAAUGCUACAGUGGGCCAUUGGGCAUUCUGAUCCGGCGAAAUUGAAAGAAGCAGCGAGAGAUGUCCGCACACUGUCCAGUGAUGAGCUAGAGAAGCGCCAAAUCGAAAUUAAGGAAUUAAUGGAGGAGUUAAAAAUGCCAUCAGAUGCCGAAUUGAUGCGAAUCGCAAUAGGCGACUUGAAGUACAAUUCGUCUUUGUCUUUGGAAGAUCGACACCGUGCACUCCACGAGCUUCUCAUACUUGUUGAGCCCAUUCACAAUGCCAAUGAUUUGAACAAACUCGGAGGACUUUUUGUGAUUAUUGAUCAACUUAAUCAUCCAGACCCAGAUACAAGGAAACUUGCUGCUUGGGUUCUUGGCAAAGCCUCUCAAAAUAAUCCUACCCUUCAGAAUCAGGUCCUGCAACUCGGGGCGUUGCCCAAGCUUAUGGAAAUGGUAAAAUCUGAGGUCUUAGAAGAAGCCAACAAAGGGUUGUAUGCCGUUUCAGCUCUCAUCCGAAACAAUCUAGAUGGGCAACGACUUUUCCAUGCAGAAGCUGGAGGUUUUCUCCUCCAGGACAUACUCAGCAAUUCAAGCACUGAUAUUAGAUUGCAAAAGAAAGCUGUGUUUCUUGUGGGUGAUCUUGCGGAGUCCCAGUUAGAGAACACGGAUAAAGAUGUGGCGCCUUUUCUCAGCAGCCGCGCUCUGUUGAAAUCUGUUGUUGAUCUAACCGUAUCUUCCGACCUUGAUCUCCAGGAAAAGGCUCUGAUGACAAUUAAGAAUGUAUUGCAACUGAGAACCACAGAAGCGGCGGCAGUUUUGAAGGAGGUUUGCGGUUUGGAUGUUGCAUUGGAGAGGAUAAGGAAACAGCUAAAGGAUUUGAUUUUGAUGGCAGAGGAAGAUCAAAAGGAUUAUGCACUGGAUUUGGAAAGCCUCCGCAGCCAAGUGGAAGCAAUGGUCCAUUCCAAGCUGGGAAACAAUCCUCAAAACGCUCGUGAGUUGUGACGACUGGCAUUGAAUAUUUAAACAUAUAUACACAUCGCAUAUUUGAGGAGACUAGAUUUUGUAAUGGACCUUGAGAAGCUGUAAAAGUAGAAACUAGAAAACAGAGGGAUACUCUUCUUUCCCGUCAGUCUUGCCUUUUAAUUUUUAUACAUCGAAUCAGCACUAAUGUAAACAACAAUGAAGCAAAGAGAAAAUUAUGCAGUAUGCCAUAUCGAUAUCCAACAGCUUUACUUCGAAGAUCUUCGGUCAUCUUUGU